AUGUUACUAACAUACCAAUCCCAUCUAUACAAAUCACAGCUUGCUUCGCUGAGCAAUGAAAAGCUGAACAACACUCGGCACUCCAGGCUGGAGGUGCUCUUCUUCAAUCGUGGAGCCAAAGUUGGAAGUGAAGCUCUGAUGGAACUCACCCAAACCAUGUCUCCCCACAAUAACAUGACAGUGGUUACCAAAGGACCAAUGGAUAUUAAGUCCCGCACCCGGUCUCCUAAAGAGCAAAUGAUACAGGCUAUUUGGGUGACCGAGUUGGAGCCGGGGACCAUAUACAUAGAGCAUUGCAAUUGGUUGGAUUUCCGCAGAUAUCGGCUACCAAGACCCAUCUACAUCAACUUGGUUCGCGAUCCCGUGGAGCGGAUGAUCAGUUGGUAUUACUACGUUCGUAGUGCAUAUCGCAAUGCCAUUCACCAUCGACGAUUUCCCAACGCACCAAUUAAGUCGGAGAAGUGGUUCAAAAAGAGCUACAACGAUUGUGUUCGCAGUGGUGACCCCGAGUGUCAGUACGUGCCUGGAAGCAUUAAAGAUUCGGAGGGUAAUUAUAAAAGACAAACCCUGUUCUUCUGCGGUCACGACAGGGAGUGUCUACCCUUCGACUCUCAACGCGCCAUUCAACUAGCCAAAUUGCAUGUGGAGCGCGAUUAUGCAGUCGUAGGAACUUGGGAGGAGACUAACAUAACUCUGACGGUAUUCGAAGCUUAUAUACCGCGGUUCUUCAAGGGAGUCAGGAAUAUUUUUGAGUGUAGGUUCGAUGUCGAAUGGUUUAAAAAUGUUUUAGGGACUACUUGAACACUUUUGGGUAUUACUUGCGCCUGGGAAAAUACUGUGUCUUAGUUAGUUACACAAUUUACACUCCGUUCUUCAUAUCAAUCAUCUGUGUUUUGUCUUGGACAUUGAAUGCAUUUAAUGCAAAACCCCUGAACU